CAGAAGCUACCCCGCAUAGCAUCGGCGAUUUUCACUGGCGCGCAUUUCAGCACCCCACUGUGCGUGCGUAGCUUGCCUGUUCACAAAUUUCAAGUCGCAGAAGAAGGUUUGGAUUUCAGGGGGAUGAAUUGAUAACUCGAGUUCGUCGCAAGGACCAACUAGUAUCCCACCCAUGGUUGACCAGCUGACGGCGCCCCCGGCGCUUUCGACCUCGGCCGAGCACCUCUUCGAGCACGUCGACGAUGCCGCACCCAAGGACACAGGCCAGGAGGAGCGCGCGACGGCCGAGGACCUCUCGGCAGUCUACGAGGUUGAGCGGACCGCCCGCGAGAUCUACAAUGGCCGCCGCCGCCGCGUCGCCCUCCAGUUCCCCGACCACAUGCUCUGCGACGCCCCCGCGGUCGUUGCCCUCCUCAAGGACGCGCUGGCUGUCUUGCGCUCCAACGCCACUCCUCCGGCCGAGGCUGCUCUAAGCCAAGGAGCCAGCUCUGCCCCUACUACCGCUGCAGGCUGCGCACCGGCUGCGCCACAGGCGACGGCUCAGGAAGAGGAGAGGAUAUACAUCUUGGCAGACACGUCGUACAGCGCCUGCUGCGUCGACGAGGUCGCGGCCGAGCAUGUCGAUGCCGACGUGGUUGUGCACUACGGCCGCUCGUGUCUGUCUCCGACUUCUAGGCUACCCGUCAUACACGUCUUCACCAAGCACCGCCUGGGCCACGACGCCGUCUUGGAAGCCUUUGAGAAGGAGUUCCCUGAAAAGGAGAGCAGGGUCGUUCUGAUGGCCGACGUGACAUAUCAGGACCACCUGUCAUCUCUGUUCCUCCGCCUGAAGGAGCGCGGCUACGUAAACGCCCUGUCGACGUCGGUCGUCCGCAAUUCCACAGGGAAGCUCCCAAACAGGACGGUUCUGGACGCCGACGGCACCGCUCUCGACUGCGAGGGGUCGUCAGGGGUCGACCUCGGCCAGCACGAUAUUUUCCACAUAUCCUCACCCCCAACCUCGUUGCUCCUCGCCCUGUCUACGCGGGUAAAGUCUCUGCGCAUCUUCCCGACGCCAGCGCCGGCCGACUCCUCAUCCUCACACCUGUCCGACGCAUCCUCGGUCGCCCAGUUCACCCGCCGGCUGCUCGGGCGGCGGUACGCCAAGCUCCUGACGCUGUCGACGGCGGGCAUCAUCGGCAUCCUGGUCAACACGCUCUCGGUCGCAAACUACAUGUCAUCGCUGGACGCCAUCCGGAAGCGCAUCGCCGCGGCCGGCAAGAAGAGCUACACCGUCGUGGUCGGGAAGCUGAACCCCGCCAAGCUGGCCAACUUUGCCGAGAUCGACGGCUGGGUGGUGGUCGGGUGCUGGGAGAGCAGCCUGGUCGAGGACGACGCCUCCUUCUACAGGGCCGCCAUCACCCCGUUCGAGCUGGAGGUCGCCCUGAUGAAGGACGACGAGAGGAUAUGGGGCGAGCGCUGGUGGGGCGGAAUCGAGGGCGUCAAGGAGCCCGAUGCGAGGGAAGCAGCAGUCGAGCCGUCACGAAACGACGAAUCUGCCGAGGCAGACAUCAACGACGAUGUCGACGGCGAUGACGACGACGAUGAAUCGGCACCUCCCGAGUUCGACCUGCGGACAGGAAAGCUCGUCAGUCGCAGCCGGCCGAUGCGGGCUGCACCGAAAGGCGGCCGGCAGGCGGACGCCGGCGCGGGGGACAAACCGGACGGCACGGGAUCGAGCGCGCUGGCGCUGCGGCCAAAGGCCGAGGUCGCGACCAUCAACGGCGUGGUCAGCCCGGGGGCCGAGUUCCUGCGCUCGCAGAGGACCUGGACCGGCCUCGGGAGCGACUUUGACACGGAGGAGCGGAGUGCGGCGGUGGAGGAGGGAAGGAGCGGUGUUGCAAGGGGAUACACCGUUGGCAGCAUCGACGAGCGCUCAUAAGUUUGGGGGAGGGCUCUCUGAUUGGCGAGAUGAAAAGUUUAUAGACUGUUUUUUUUUUCCUUUCUUUACCAAGCGAUACCCACCAUCCGCAAAAUUACCAAUAUCAAACCUGAACGAUCCUCUGCUGCCCAUUGCGCCUUAUAUGCACGGCUGGCUGUCUGGUUUCCAACAGCUCACAGCAGCAAACCGGGUGGUCGAGCGGGUGAAAACCGUGGCGCAAAGUCACAACCGUCUUCCACGGGUGAGGGCCAGGAAACCCCAAGCUCGCUGAUUCGAAUCCGUCUAGUGACGGCGAUUUUAGAGCCAGCAAAAUCCAGCCAGUGCGGGUUUUCGU